UUUACUUAUACACAAAAUGUAUUGUAUGAGUUACAAAUCAAAAAUUACGCACACACAAAUCCAAAGUUACACACAAAUCAAGCUUUACGCACGCACAUCGGGGUGAGUCUUUUUUCUCUCCAUACCGGGGUCACAUUUUCGCUCAAAAGUACAUGAUUUUUUCCAAAUGUGAAAACAAUGGUCUUUGGAUUCAGUGACUGUUGCUCCAUAAUUAAUAAAAUAGAACACAUUGUUCCUCUUAAUAAGACACAAUCUAGAUCACAGGGACAAACAUGUUGUUUUGUCCUUCUCUCUGCAUGUCACAGGCAACCACCCUGCUGCUCUCCUGAUACCCAAUUAACUUCUCACCUGGAUCCUGAAGAGAGUUCAGGGUUCUCCACUAUGGCUUCUCUUGUUUUGUGUGAUCACAGACCUAAUCGUGGACCUGUCAUUACGCACCCCAUCGUCAAUAUUUGGAAUCUCCUGUCAGGUGGUCAUUGGGUAGGGAUUGACCACUCGAGGAUUUUGUGUCCCUGAUAAUCGGAGCGGGAAUAGCGCGGUGUUCCCAUAGAGACAUCCCCAACACAUGAACUCCCAUGACACCCUGGCACAGGCGCAGCCCAGAGCAGCGUGGGUGCGCAUCGCAGUAUAUUUUGCAGGAGUUAUUCUCGAUGCAUUUGAUCAUUUUGCUUACAAUUUUAUUUUAGCUUUUCUUUUUUGCUAUUUAAUAGCUGCCUUGACUUCCACUGGAUGAGUUUUACGCGUCGCUUUCUGCUCAUGCGCUCUUUUUGAGCUGUAAACUUUUGGCACAAGUGGACCAACUUCACCGACAUUUCAAUGCUCUUUACGUGCCUCCCAACUGGGAUUAACGCCUUGAGAGUUUCUUCAUACUAACACCGCACUUGCAGGCACUCCCGCGCGCUUUUACGCACGACGAUGGGCUCGGAGAAGCCAAGCUUUCUGUCCCAGCCAGUGGUGAAAAACAUUUUUAUGUUCCGGAAUGGAGAUCCGUAUUACGAGGCUCGCCGGAUUGUCGUGAACGAGAAGAGGGUGUGUAAUUUUGAAACUCUGCUGCGGGAGGUGACCGGCGGGGUUCAGGCUCCAUUCGGAGCGGUGAGGACCAUCUACACGCCGAGAGGAGGUCACAAAGUUGACAGCAUGGAGAGCCUGCAGAGCGGGGAGCAGUACGUGGCUGCAGGAAGGGAGAGAUUCAAAAGACUGGAUUAUUUGCAGAUUGGCACCAGAAAGAAGAGGAUGAUGCAGACUGUAGCCAUGCAGACUAAACCUCUGCCCACCAAUAGAAUUAGUGUCUCAGCUCGCUUCCUGAAGCCCAUCAAGGAGCCAUGUCCGAUAUUUGUGGCAGCUAACGGUGACAUCUUGAACCCUGCAAUGAGGCUGCUGAUCCACCAGAGGAUGCUGGGGCAGUUCGACAGAAUCCUGGAAUUGAUCACUGAGAAAAUGGGUCUGAAGGUGCUGGGAGGAGUGCGAAGUCUGUACACUAGUGAAGGCCUCCAGGUAACCGAUGGAGAGAAGUUGGAGAGUGGUCAGCUUUAUGUGGCUGUGGGAAGAGAAAGAUUCAAGAAACUUCCGUACAGUGACCUCCUUUUCUCCAAGCCAAGAGGAACAAGAAUAAUCAGAGGGAGGAAGACGUACUCUCUUCCACCUAUCUACAGAUACUCAAAGCAGAGUGGAAAUAGUAAGUCAGAGGUCCCCAGCAGUAACAGUGAGGAUCCAGAGUUCAAGACGUCUCCUUUGGGCCUCAGCAACACCAGCAAAGAGCAUCUGUCCUCCAUAGUGAGGGAGAUCUCCCAGUCAAAGCUGCUGUCCCUCAGGAAGAGGAAGAGCGGACAAAGCUUCAAUCCCUGUCCAUAUGAUGACGAUGAUUCCGAACCCAAGGUCAACGGUGGAAACUCAGAUUACAAAAUUCAUCUGGACCAGGAAGCUGUGGAGGAACUUGACGGUGAUGUUAAAGACACAGAAGCAAACGGUGAAAAAGAAGAAACACAGAACACAGAAGAGGCCCCACUGACCAAUGGAGACGACAAGGAAGAUCUGGAGGAAAAAGAUGAUCCAGAAACUAAAGAUGAGGACGAAAAUUCAGAUGAAAAACAUCCACAAGAUGAGACAAUUGGAGAGAACCGUGAUGAGGAAGUUAAGACUGUAGAGGAUCCUGAAAAAGCAGAAGAGAAGGAUGGACGUACGUCUGAAAACACCACAGAGGAAGAUAAAUUAGCAAGCAAUGAAGGAGACGGUGAAAGGCCAGAGGAAGGAGGCGAAAAAGUGGAAGAACAGAUGAAAGAGGCUGACGAGCCGAGUGAUCAAAGCGGAGGAGGAGGAGCAGCAGCUGCUGCCGAGGAACAAGAGGAGGAAGUUGAUGCACAACAGAAAAGCGAGGUCACAGACGAAAGAGAGGAGGAGAUAAAUAGCAAAGAGCAGAGGUCCAGCAGUGCUAACAGCGAUAAGACCCAGGGAAAUAAAAACGAUGGAAGCCACGGUCGCUCCGGGGUGGAGGAAGAGCAAGGAGGAAAUCAAGAUGAAGAUAAGCAGGAGCCGGGCAGUGGUGACAGAGAGGAACGCAGUAAUGACCACGUUAAUGAUGUAAACACAGGGGAGCAGAAAGAGAUAAAAAACAGCAAUGAUCCGGAAAGGCCUCAGUCAGCCAACGAGAGUAAAAAUGAUGCGAGCAGCAUCGUCAACGGUAACCAACAGGAAGCCAGCGAGGAGACGGGAGAGUCACAGGAGGGCGAAGGAAAUGGAGAGGGGACUGCAAAUGAUGAUGAGGUGGAACGUGAAGCACAGCUGGACAGAAAGAAUUCAGCCGCAACGACGAGUCAGUGAAGAAGCACAGAGCAGAAUUUAGUGCCGAAAAAGCAGCGAAGAGAAAAAUUAAGAAAACAAAGUUACAGCAGGAGAAGGGCUGGGAAUGGAACGCACAACAAAUCAAUAAUUUAGGGUGAAGUUAUGUCGUUUAGAUAUGUUUUCAUUGAAGAUUAUUUAAGAAGCAAAGAUUUUUGAGGUGACUGUAUAAGAGAACUGGACUGAGUGAGUGUGAUGUCACCCAUAGAAAAAGCCUUACUUCCAGCUCCAACAAAAUAUAUGCAAUUUUUGGUAUGGGCGUCACCAUUUUAAAACCGGAAAUCAUCAGAAAGCUGUGAUUUAUUCGAGUCGGUCGAGUCAAUAUUUCAGUGGCAACUACUCUAGCCAAUCAGGAGUGAGCUUGUUGGAAGGCCACACCCCUACUACUUGAACACAGACUUGGGAGAAUCUAUCAAAUGUUUUGAACGUUCGACGUGAGACCACAUGCUUUUAUUGAGACAGUUUAUAAUGGGAAUAACUUGGUAUAAAGAAAAAAAUAAGAUUAGCAAGAAAAAAAGGUAGCAGAGCAAGAAUGGUUAUUCUGACAAAAAAAGACUUGUAGCUGUUUACUUCUCAGUAGAACUCUAAUGUUACGUUCACACCGGGCUAAGACGCACUUUAAGGCAACCACUUUCAAUGAAAAGCCAAUGUAAACCAGAGUUCUAAGAAAAUAUCGGUUCAGUGAAAUAUCGCGAUACUUUAUUUAUCAAUUCCUGUACCGAUUGAAAAUACUGCCAAGGCAACACUUCAUUAAUUAUUUACAAUAAACAUGUAGUUCAGUGUCUUUCCUUUGUUCCACCUAAAUUUUUCCUAAAUCACCAUCACUUUUUAAUUUUUUUUAUUGUACGGCUUUGCCUGUCUUUUUUUGUGUGUGUGUACACAUUUCCUAUUUGGUUGUUGCGACUGCUAUUUGUCUGGUCUAUUGUUUAGAUAAAAGCAACUUGUUUAUAAGAUACAGUUGCUGUGUGUAAUGUUCUGAUCACCAAUUUUACUUUUGGGAAAAAUGUCUUAGUGUUCAGAUAAUUCUUAAGUCAUAAUUUGAAAAAUAGUGAAAUAUUCUCUGGUACUGUCUUGAGAUGUAUCAGGAUACACAUUGUAUCGUCACAUGUAUCCCGAUACGUGUCGUAUUGCCGGACUCUUGCCAAAACACACCCCGAAUGUAAGACUAUGUAAAUGCGCAUUUUGGGCUUUGACGUUCAAAACUCUUGCGUUAACAGAUCACUAUGCCAGUGUUGAGGUCUGUUUUCAAGAUCUAUAUAAAAAAUCCAUGGCUUUUGAACCACUUGAACUCAGAUUUGGUAGUGACGUGUGGGUAGUUUUUUUUUUGUUUUGUUUUUUUCAAAACAUUAAAGUACCAAAUAUUUGAAUGUUGAUCAUAAAGGGAAAAUAAUUAACUACGGUUUGGAAUUAUGUGACACCAAGUCUUUCAUAUAUCAGAAUAGAAAAGCUAUAAAAAGAAAAAGCCUGGAGAAAGAUUCAUGAAAUUUACACCGCUUUGACAUUUUACACCAAGCCUCUUGAAACUGCGAGUUCAUGCACUAGUAUCAGAUAAUAACAGUCCAGUGUGGAGAUCUUACACUAAAAGCAUAUUCAUGAAUGUCUGUUGAGCGGCUUCUUGAGCGUGUCACAUGCCCGAUGUGUACGUAGCUUAAGGGAUUUUGGCUUAGCUAGCGGGUACUUCUUGUUUGAAACAUUGACUGUAUAAGUACAAUCUGGACAUAGCAAGCGUCAUAGGAAAGGCAUUACCUUUGGCCCUGGCGAAAUCAGGCUAGAGCCUUCACCGUCACUUCCUGAUACGUCUACUGCCAUAUUGUAACCGAAAACCGCCCCUCGACAGAGAUUUUAGUCCGAGUUGCUCUGAGACACAUUUUUAGAGGAACUGCUGUCACCAAUCAUGACCUCCCACUGAAAGUGCCUUGGGGAUAUCUGUCAAUCAAGCGUUUGAGGCGGGAGCAACACGCUUUUACUGAGGCAUAUGAUUGGCCAGUUUAUAACUUAAAGAGCUGGUGAUAAAGAAAAAAAUAUAUAUAAAAAAUAAGGAUUAGAAAGAACGUACUAAGAA